AUGGGCACCUCAUCGGCCACUUCCCCUGCCCCCGCACAGAGGAGGGUCACCGGGGGCUCAGCUACUGCUACAAUCACCCCCAGCUCAGCAACCAUGAAGGAUCUAAGGGCAGAGCAACAGCUGGUGGUAGCCGUCCGUAUCCGUCCCAUCAACAAAGCUGAGGUGGAGGAAGGAGCAACCAUUAUUGCUCACAGAGUGGGUGACCAGAUGGUGGUUUUGAUGGAUCCGUCUGAAGACCCAGAUGAUAUCUUGCGAGCCAACAGGUCUCGGGAGAAGGCAUUUAUCUUUGACAUGGUUUUUGGCCACAGGGCAACCCAGGAGGAGGUGUACAUGUCCACAACCAAAAAUCUCAUCGAAGGAGUCAUUUCUGGAUACAAUGCAACCAUUUUUGCGUAUGGCCCUACAGGUGCUGGGAAAACCUACACUAUGCUGGGGACGGAUUCUGAACCCGGCAUUUAUCUCCGCACCCUCAAUGACCUCUUUAGAGCUAUAGAAGCCACCAGUGAUGACAUGGAUUACUCUGUCUGCAUGUCGUACCUAGAGAUUUAUAAUGAAGUGAUCCGGGACCUUCUGAAUCCAUCCUCGGGGUUUCUUGAGCUGAGAGAAGACUCUAAGGGGAGCAUUCAGAUUGCAGGAAUAACGGAAGUCUCUACCACAAAUGCUCAGGAGAUCAUGGAGCUGUUGAUGAAAGGGAACAAAGCACGCACUCAGGAGCCCACAGCAGCCAACAAGACCUCUUCGCGUUCGCACGCAGUCCUGCAGGUGCUGGUGAAACAGAAGAGCCGGGUGAAGGAUGUCAGCGAGGAAGUGAGAGUGGGGAGGCUCUUCAUGGUUGACCUGGCUGGAUCGGAAAGAGCAGCCCAGACGCAGAACCGGGGCAAGCGGAUGAAGGAGGGGGCCCAUAUCAACCGGUCGCUGCUUGCCUUGGGGAACUGCAUCAACGCACUGAGCGAAAAGGGGGGCAGUCGAACCCAAUAUAUCAACUUCCGAGACAGCAAACUCACACGUUUGUUAAAGGAUUCGCUGGGAGGCAACAGCAGGACGGUCAUGAUUGCCCACAUCAGCCCUGCCAGCACCUACUUUGAAGAAUCUCGGACAACCUUGAUCUACGCUUAUCGAGCAAAAAACAUCAAAACAAGGGUGAAGCGGAACCUUCUCAACGUCUCCUACCACAUCGCGCAGUACACCAGCAUAAUUUCAGACCUGCGUCAGCAGAUCGAAUGCUUGAAGGCAAAGGUGGAAAAUCAAGAAAAGGAAAAACAGCUUCUCAGUCCUGCAGCCAAAGACGUACAAGGCAGAGGUGAACAGGAGGCUGGACAAGAAGGGCCUUUGAUGAACAAGUUGCGGGAGCAGCUGAUUGGGGCCUUCAAGGAGCAAAUGGACAUGCGCCGCAGUCUGAUGGAGCUGGAGAACACUGACAUGGAGCUGCACGUGGACACCUCCAGGCAUCUGCUAAUGAUUGCUGACUGGGAACAAGAAAAGGCCCACCAGGCUGGCAAGUGUCCCGAGAAGCUGCAGCUGAGCGAAAAGGAAGAGGUAGCCAUGGAGGAGGCAGAACGAGGAGAGUCACCGGAGCCUCAUGAGGUCGUGGUGGCCAGGGAGGAGAUCAGCAUGCUGUUGGCAGAGCAGCGGAAAACAGCUGCCUUAAAGGUAGACCUGGAAGAGCGGCUGGCAAAUGCCAAAAAGAAAGUUUCCCAGAUGGAGAAGCUGUUGCCGGCCCAAAUCGCCAGCAAAGACCAGCAGGAAGUUCUGAGGCUUCUUUGCAAAGCUCACGAGCUGGAAGUCGGGAACACGGAGCUCCAGGCCAGCGCUUUGUGCAAGGAGAGCCUGCUGUGCCAGAAGGAUUUUGUUAUCCAGCGCCACCAUCAGCACAGGCGCCUCUGCGAAGAGAUCAUUCAGCAGCAGCAGUCGCUGAUAAGGGACCACAACAUCCCAAUUCCGGAGCCAUUGAGGAAGCUGUACCGCUUGCAUUCCUGUGAGUUAGAGGAAGGGACGCUGGACCACCUGCUGGCACGUCACUCGCUCAUGUCCAGUGCGCUCCGGGGCAGCUCUGCUUUGGACAAGGCUCAGCAUCUGGACCUAAACAAAGAGGAGAAUCAAAAAAGAUUGUUCAAUCACAAGAAAGAUUUUCUUUGGGGGCCAAAAUGUGAGCUGCCCCCAAUUGUUGUGGAAUCAGACAGCGACAGCUACAGAUCAUCUAAAAACACCCCAGCCAAAAGGAAGGCAAACUGUGAAUGGACGCACACCCCUACUUUGUUUCACUUGCUGAGAACUCCUGCUCACCAGCAGAAGAUGGCCUCAGGCACCCCUUCGCGAAAGACGGCCUCCAAGCUACGUUCCCCUCUUCUCCAUGGCUCCAGUAGGAAAAAUUCCAGUGAGGACAUUGCUAGUGGCCCUCUGAGCCGGGAAGCAUUGAAGGAGAUUGCCGACAGCACCAAACGAAUCGCUCUGAUUGCCGCCCGCCGCCGUUCUCGAGUGCAGGAAAGAGAUCUCAGUGGGGAGGUCUCUUCCAUCCACUGUUCUGAAGAUGAGACUCUGGAGCUGAAGGACCUGCAGCACAGCUUCACUCCGGAGCAUUCCUUGAAAGACACGGAGCGUAUCGACAGUCUCAGUGUGGAGCUCCAGAUUAAAAAAUGGCCACAACACAAGGCUCAGGAUGAGCAGAAGGGAGAAGGAGAGAGGGAGCUGUCCUCGGAAUGGAAAACCAGGAAGAAAAGAUCCCGCUCCCUUGAACCCACUUCCCCCAGGGUACAUUUCCAUUAG